AUGGUCAAACACCUCUACACCUCCGUCCACCGCCCUGCGCCGUAUCGAGUCAAUGUCCAGAAGAGUAGCGUAUGCUCUCGUGCGUAUUUUGUGGUAGUAAUGGUCUUCUUCCUGUACAUAAUCAACGUAAUUGCUCUACUCCUGUACGUACACUACAACUCUGCAACUGGAGAAGUCAGAUCCGGAAGAAGAUUCUGUCAGGGGAAACUAGCAGCACGAACAGCAUCAUCCUCAACUGAUCCUCAUCAUCAUCCUGCUGCCGAUCCGGAUUUGAACCUUGGACAGUCAUAUCGCCUUCCGCGCUUGGAGGGAAUUCGGGUGGGUCAUGUGCAGAGAGUAUCCCUGGUGGAUGAUCAAACCCAUGAGAUGCGGACCCUCAGCUGUAGGCCUUUGCUGUUUGACUAUCCAGGCUUCCUAUCGGUGGAGGAGAGCAGCGUGGUCAUGCAGCUAGCCCAGCCAGGCCUGAUGCAGAGCUCGUCCGUGGGGCCCAGUGACAACCUAGAGGAGCAGCUCAGCCAGGAAGAGCUGUUCAGCCUGCUGGACCUCAACCAGGACGGUCUGCUCCAGAGAGAGGAGAUUCUGAGCCUGUCACGCUCUCAUGACGCAACCUGGCUCAGUGCGCACAACCUCCGUGAAAUCCACUCGGGCCUAGAGAGCAACCCAGCUGGUGUUUUGUCUCUGCAGGACUUCAGGCGUGUGAGUAGGUGUGUUCAAGAGAGACAGGCGGCUUGCCAGGGUCAGACUGGGACACGCGUGGACCUCAACAGCCGGACACAGAGCACACACACAACGCCUGACCUCGGGAACGGAGCUCACCGCACACUCCAAAACAUCAGGACCAGGGUGACGCGCCUCUCUCGUCUGCCCUCCUUUGUGGAGCUGAGCGAGCCUCUGGAGGUGGUACGGUACGAGCAGGGGGCUAACAGCCACGCCCACUACGACAGCAGCUCCACCCAUCCAGAUGCCAGCUGUGCACACACCCACCUGUCGGCCAACACCUCCACACCCCACCAGAUCCCCUGCAGGUGUGUACAUGUCUGUGUUAUGCACCUGAAUGCUGUGGAGGGAGGGGGUGAAACCAGCUUCCCAGUGGCCGACAACAGAACCUAUGAGGAAGAGGCACUGGGAGAUCUCACACAGCAGUAUUGUGACAAGGGCAAUCUGAAAGUGAAACCAGCAGCAGGGACAGCACUUCUGUGGUACAAUCAUCUGUCAGACGGCUACGGGUGGAUGGGUGAGCUGGAUGAGUACUCUCUGCACGGGGGGUGCUUGGUGACCCGCGGCCCAAAGUGGGUCGGCAACGUUUGGGUCAACGUCGACCCGGACCAGCAGCGCCAGGCUCACUACCAGCGCCUGGUCUCCUGGCAACCUGAGAGCGGAAAUCCACCACGCUCGACUCACGCGGACCUCCACCAGGAUUUGUGAUGCUUACGAACCGGUUCCUUGUCAGUAGAGUCAACCCCAAGUUUAUGGGUUUUUGAUUGCUUUAUUUGUUUCUGGUACAUGAGGAUGAUGGAGUCUUUCCCCAUUGGGAAGUGUUUUACUAGUUUAAGAUGUGUGUGCUCAGGUUUACAGUGUGUCUGUUAAAUGUUUCAGGAGUAUGCAGUUUGUUCACUGGUUUGUUUGUUUGACUUAUGUAUUUAUUAUUCACAGGUUUCCUUAUUUACAUAUCAUUUUUGGAUAUUUAUUUAUUGUUCAGACUGUUCAUGAAUGUAUCAGAUUUAUUUACGAAAAAGAAUGGAGUUUAUCUUUAUUAAAUUGUUAUUGUCAAAUAUAUAGACGUUCUAAGAAACUAAACUGUUAUUUAUCCUGAAAGGGGAGUGAGGGGUCCUGGAGUUCAAUAAGUUGCAGAAUAAUUUAUCUCCACUGUAUGGCGCCAUUGAACAUUAGUGUAAAAUUCUGUGUUGCUGCACGCUCUGUACUCCACUUGAGAGCAGUGUUCCUCUCGGAUUACAGUCCACAACAGUGAAGUUGGUUUGAGAGUGGUAAUCAACGUCUACCUACGAGAAGCAACUACGAAAUAACUUGGUGUAUGUCUCUUCAUCUGUGACAUUAAAAGUCUGUGUAAAAAAAGCGCAUGCAGUACCUCUUUGCCCAUAACAACGUGUCACCCCUUUUUUCCAUAACAAUGUAGGUCUACAUACAGACGGGGUCAAAAUUGUUGGUACCCUUCCGUUAAAUAAAGAAAACCCCACAAUAGUCACUGGAAUAACUUGAAACUGACAAAAGCAAUAAUAAAUAAACAUUUACUGAAAAUAAA